AGGAGAAGCAAAGUGAAAUGGACUCAUCUAUUCCUAAUCUUGUCACUGCGUAUGAAGAAUUUAAACCAUCACCAGAAAUUGACAUUGCUCCAGGUGAAAGAAGAAAAUUUAUACAGCCAAAUUCACUAAAGAAUCCUAAAUUCGACAAAUUAAUGAUGUUUCUCAUUGACUGGAUCAAUGCUACGCUGAAGCAGGAUCAUAUUGUUGUCCAAUCACUGGAGGAAGACCUAUAUGAUGGAUUAGUGCUGCACCAUCUGCUAGCACAUUUAGGAAAUAUCAAGCUGGAUGUGGAGGAAAUUGCAUUGUCUGCCAAUGCACAGAAACAGAAACUGCGUGUUAUAUUGGAUACCAUAAACCAACUUCUACAAAUUACAGAUGAUGACAAUCCGAACUGGAGUACUGAAUUAAUCUACAAAAAGGACUUAGUCUCCACAUUACAUCUCUUGAUCGCCAUUGCAAAACACUUCAAUCCUGACAUUGACCUUCCGAAAAAUGUGUGCGUGGAAACGUUAACCCUUGAGAUUGACAAAGCAGGAGUAAAGACGGUAAAACAGUUGGAAUAUUUGACAGGUGAAAGUUACUUCAUUUUUCUUUGGAAUAGUGAUGAUACAGAGCAAGACCAAAAUCCAGAAGCUGAUGGCAUUAAUGACCUCUUUAAACUUGGGCCUGACAAAGUGAAAAUAGUACAGCAGGCAAUGCUUCAUUUCGCUAAUAAACAUCUGGGUGGUUUGGGUGUGGUUGUGAAGGACCUCACCACACAGUUUUCCAAUGGGGUGAUCCUGAUUCUGUUAAUUGGGCAGCUAGAAGGCUAUUUCAUUCACUUGAGCGAAUAUUUUUUAAAUCCUUCAGAUUAUAACGAAAAGGUGAGUUUAAAAAUGUUGCUGUUGUAUAUGUUUUGCUUUUGGUUUUUCUGCUUUCUCAAGCAGUUGUCAUGA